GAGGAACCUACUCGUGAUGAUGAUGCCGGGCCGCGCUCCCACUGGCUGCCGAAACCCCACCCCCGCCGCCUGAUUUCUGCCGACGGCUCCGGAAGAAGUUGUGCUCUCCGCCUUUCCCCGGAAGUAAUCCCUCGGGCCCUGCUGCACGUGGGGAGGAGGAGGAGGAGGAGGAAGAAGAAAAAGGAGGAGAAGAAGAAGAUGAGGAUGAGGAUGGCGGCGGCGGCCCACCGCCCUGGGCCUCUCAAGCAGCAGAACAAGGCGCACAAGGCCGGGCGGCACCGGGGCCGGGGCUCUGCACUGCGGGACGCCAAGGGCCGAGUGGCUGUGAAAGUCUUGAGCAAGAAGCAGAAAAAGGCACUCAGCAGAGUGGACCAGAGGCAUCGGGCUGGUCAGCUCCGGAAACAGAAAAAGGAGGCCGUGUUGGCUGAAAAGCGGCAACUGGGCAGUAAAGAUGGUCCUCCCCACUUUGUGCUCGUGGUACCGCUGCACGCCAGGGUUUCCCCGUGCGAGGCCCUGCGGCUGCUUCAAAAUAACGAUGGUACGCAAGUGUUCAAGUGUGAACAGGGUGGUGUGCCUGGCUUCACGCUGCUGUGCCCCCAGCUGAAACAACGGUGGUUCUUCACGUCAGCCAAACCCGGAGAUCUUCACACGUUAUUAGACCUGGCCAAGGUGGCUGAUACCAUCCUGUUUAUCUUGGACCCAUUGGAAGGCUGGGACAACACUGGAGACUAUUGCCUCUCCUGUCUUUUUGCCCAGGGUCUUCCCACCUACACACUUGCCAUUCAAGGGAUUUCUGGCCUUCCUUUGAAGAAACAAGUGGAUGCAAAGAAGAAGCUGAGUAAGAUUGUGGAGAAGCGCUUCCCCCAGGAUAGGCUGCUGCCCCUGGACACCCAACAGGAAGCAGUCCUGCUCCUAAGACAGCUGGCCAACCAGAAGCAGCGGCACCUGGCCUUCCGGGACCGCCGGGCUUACUUGCUGGCCCAUAGGGUUGAUUUUAUCCCCGGCCAGGAGAGCAGGCUGGUGGGCACCUUGAAGGUGACAGGCUAUGUUCGGGGGCAGACUCUCGAUGUGAACAGCCUGCUGCAUAUCGUGGGGCAUGGAGACUUCCAGAUGAGGCAGAUUGAUGCCCCGGCAGAUCCCUUCUCGCUCAAUCCCAGAGGGGUGAAAUCCCGGAAGGGCUCAGACCCAGGAAUGCAGAUGGAUGCUGAGGAUGAUAGUGUUGGGAUGGAGGAAGACUUGAAGGUCCUGAUGAAGGCAGAUCCCAGUAGACAAGAGUCCCUGCAAUCAGAGGUGAUCCCAGAUCCAAUGGAGGGAGAGCAAACCUGGCCCACCGAAGAGGAACUAAAUGAAGCCAAGGGUUUCUUGAAGGGAAGUACCAAGGUGGUGAAGAGGGUCCCGAAAGGAACAUCCAGUUAUCAGGCAGAAUGGAUCGUGGAUGAGGAGGAUGAAGGCGACGAGGAAGACGAGGAUGAGGACAUGGAAACUGAGGAUUUCAUGGAAGAAGCGGAUUCUGAGGGUAGUGAGGAGGAAGAGGCAGAGGAAGACUGUGAGACCAUUACGGUCGGGGAGUCUGUACGUGAUGACCGGUACGACGAGGAGCUCGAUGAAGAGGCUGAAGAGCAAAUGCUGGAGAAAUACAAAGAGGAAAGACUGGAUGAAAUGUUUCCAGACGAGGUGGACACUCCCCGCGAUGUGGCUGCUAGAAUCCGGUUUCAGAAAUACCGAGGCCUCAAGAGCUUCCGUACAUCCCCAUGGGAUCCCAAGGAAAACCUCCCUCGAGAUUAUGCUCGGAUCUUCCAGUUCCAGGAUUUUUCCCGAACCAGGAAACGUAUCUUCAAGGAGAUUGAAGCACAAGAGACCGAAGGGGCUGAGGUUGGCUGGUAUGUUUCCAUCCACAUCUGUGACGUCCCUGCCUCUGUGGAAGAAUGCUUCAGGCAGGGGGCACCCCUUGUGCUGUUUUCUCUUCUACCUCACGAACAAAAGAUGUCAGUCCUGAACAUGGUGGUGAGGAGGCAUCCAGGCAACAACAGGCCCGUGAAAGCCAAGGAGGAGCUGAUCUUUCACUGUGGGUUCCGGCGCUUCCGGGCUUCUCCCCUGUACUCCCAGCACACGGCAGCGGAUAAGCAUAAGUCUGAAAGGUUCCUGCGUGCUGAUGUGGCCUUGGUGGUGACCGUUUACGCCCCAAUCACUUUCCCUCCUGCCUCUGUGCUGCUGUUCCAACCAGGGAGUAACGGAAUGCACGACCUCAUCGCUACCGGUUCGCUGCUGUCUGUGGAUCCAGACCGAAUGAUCAUCAAGAGGCUUGUGCUCAGCGGUCACCCUUUUAAAAUCUUCACAAAGAUGGCAGUCGUGCGCUACAUGUUCUUUAACCGAGAGGACGUGCUGUGGUUUAAGCCGGUGGAGCUGAGGACAAAGUGGGGCCGGAGGGGCCACAUCAAAGAACCAUUAGGUACCCAUGGCCACAUGAAGUGCAGUUUCGAUGGGCAGCUAAAGUCCCAGGACACAGUGCUGAUGAAUCUCUUUAAGCGUGUCUUCCCCAAAUGGACUUAUGAUCCCUAUGUGCCAGAGCCAGUGGCCUGGGAGAAAAGUGAGUUGUUCUCACCAGUACCGGAAUUAGAAAUGGAGUAAAUGA